ACCCCGGUGAGGCCGCCAUUUUGGAGUCCUCCCUAAGGAGCUUCUACUGGCUUUUCGCGCCGCUGCCGCCGCUGCCGCCGCUGCCCGCGGCCUUGCCGGGCAGGAUGAAUGUGAUAGACCACGUGCGGGACAUGGCGGCCGCGGGGCUGCACUCUAACGUGCGGCUCCUCAGCAGCUUGUUACUUACAAUGAGUAAUAACAACCCUGAGUUAUUCUCCCCAUCUCAGAAGUACCAGCUUUUGGUGUAUCAUGCAGAUUCUCUCUUUCAUGAUAAGGAAUAUCGGAAUGCUGUGAGUAAGUAUACCAUGGCGUUACAGCAGAAGAAAGCCCUAAGUAAAACUUCAAAAGUGAGACCUUCAACUGGUAAUUCUGCAUCUACUCCACAAAGUCAGUGUCUUCCAUCUGAAAUUGAAGUGAAAUACAAAAUGGCUGAAUGUUAUACAAUGCUAAAACAAGAUAAAGAUGCCAUUGCUAUACUUGAUGGGAUCCCUUCAAGACAAAGGACUCCCAAAAUAAACAUGAUGCUGGCGAACCUGUACAAGAAGGCUGGUCAGGAGCGCCCUUCAGUCACCAGCUAUAAGGAAGUGCUGAGGCAGUGCCCGUUAGCCCUCGAUGCCAUACUAGGUUUGCUUUCCCUUUCUGUAAAAGGCGCAGAGGUGGCAUCGAUGACAAUGAAUGUGAUCCAGACUGUGCCUAACUUGGAUUGGCUCUCUGUGUGGAUCAAAGCAUAUGCUUUUGUGCAUACUGGUGACAACUCGAGAGCAAUCAAUACCAUCUGUUCACUAGAGAAAAAGUCCUUAUUGCGAGAUAACGUGGACCUUCUGGGAAGCUUAGCAGAUCUGUACUUCAGAGCUGGAGACAAUAAAAACUCUGUCCUCAAGUUUGAACAGGCACAGAUGUUGGAUCCUUAUUUGAUAAAAGGAAUGGAUGUAUAUGGCUACCUCCUGGCGAGAGAAGGGCGGCUAGAGGAUGUGGAGAACCUUGGCUGCCGCCUUUUCAAUAUUUCUGAUCAGCAUGCAGAACCCUGGGUGGUCUCUGGGUGUCAUAGCUUUUAUAGCAAACGCUAUUCUCGGGCCCUCUAUUUAGGAGCCAAGGCCAUUCAGCUGAAUAGUAAUAGUGUUCAAGCUUUGCUACUUAAGGGAGCAGCACUUAGAAACAUGGGCAGAGUCCAAGAAGCAAUAAUCCACUUUCGGGAGGCUAUACGGCUUGCACCUUGUCGCUUAGAUUGUUAUGAAGGUCUCAUUGAAUGCUACUUGGCUUCCAACAGUAUUCGUGAAGCAAUGGUAAUGGCUAACAACGUUUACAAAACUCUAGGAGCAAAUGCACAGACCCUUACCCUUUUAGCCACUGUUUGUCUUGAAGACCCAGUGACACAGGAGAAAGCCAAAACUUUAUUAGAUAAAGCCCUGACCCAAAGGCCGGAUUACAUUAAGGCUGUGGUGAAAAAAGCAGAACUACUUAGCAGAGAACAGAAAUACGAAGAUGGAAUUGCUUUGCUGAGGAACGCACUAGCUAAUCAGAGUGACUGUGUCCUGCAUCGGAUCCUAGGAGAUUUCCUUGUAGCUGUCAAUGAGUAUCAGGAGGCAAUGGACCAAUAUAGUAUAGCACUAAGUUUGGACCCCAAUGACCAGAAGUCUCUAGAGGGGAUGCAGAAGAUGGAGAAGGAGGAGAGUCCCACGGAUGCCACUCAGGAGGAGGAUGUGGACGACAUGGAAGGGAGUGGGGAAGAAGGGGACCUGGAGGGCAGCGACAGUGAGGCGGCCCAGUGGGCUGACCAGGAGCAGUGGUUCGGCAUGCAGUGAGGCAGGCGGCAGCUCUGUGGCCACACUGGCUUGCCCUGCUCUGAGCACUUCUGUGGACUGAAGGAGCCCGGAGGAGCCCGCUCUCUGGGAGGACAAUGAUUCUGCAUGUAAUUGCAGCAGGGGUCUCUACCCCUUGCUCCCUAUUUCUAGUAGUGAAUUCAUUUUUAAAAACUGAGCCUGACCGACCUUCCAUAUAUCUCUGUCCUCCCCUGCUCCAGUCAGGGAGGAUCGAGUGAGCUCUCUGGGGGGCCUGCAGACGUGCCAGGGCUUCUGGGACAGAGUGCUUUUUAUAUAACUAAUUUCUAAAUCUGAAAGCUUGAGGAAUAGACAGUUCUGUCUCUGACAUUGUGGGUGAGUUUAAAGGAGUGACCUAUCACCCAGAGCAAGAGUGUCCUCUGCCAUGUCAGACAGCAGCAUGGGCUGGCCCUUUCAGAGAGGGUUUCCUGUUCCGGAAAUCAUCCUGAGCUGUCCAGACUUCCCUAGUAACCUUGCUUCCUUCUGCAAUGUUAGUAAUGCCUUAAGCUGACAGUUGCUAUUUUGCAGAACAAUUUUCUUAUUUGCUAAUCUGGUAACUUGCCUAUGAGCCGGGCCGGAUCUGAGAAACGGGUGUGACCUAGAGCAUGAACAAAGGCACACCUGGGGUAAUUAACUAAUAAAACUGUUUUUUGUA